AUGUCAUCUUCGACUGCACCCCCCAUUCGAGUCUGUGUGACUGGAGCCAACGGAUUUAUUGCCUCACACAUUAUUUAUCAAUUAUUAACCAGUUCAACCCAUCACUACAUGAUUCAAGGAACUGUUCGUUCUUUACAAAACGGAAAACAACAAGAAUUGUACAAUGGACUUCUCAAAUACGAUUCUCAACAGCCCAACGGUCCAAAACUUUCAUUAUCCCUAUUGCAGGAACGAUUACAUUUGUUUGAAGCUGAUUUGAAUCAAAAAGGAUCUUACAAGAAGGCCAUUGAAAAUUGUCGAUUUGUCUUGCAUACUGCCUCUCCUUUCAAAAUGCAAGUUCAAGAUCCACAAAAAGAUCUUGUCGAUCCAGCAGUGAAUGGAACGCUCGAUAUUUUACAAGAAUGUGUUUCAGUGCGUUUGACUCAAUCCAUUCAUCAUGAUUCUCCCGGAGACGAUCGUCUUCAAAGAAUUAUUUUGACAAGUUCGAUGGCUGCCAUGUUCGACACUGCCUUUGAGGAAGAUCAUGCCUACAAUGAAGACGAUUGGAAUGAAGUUUCCUCUCUCAACAAGAAUGCUUAUUAUUACUCCAAAACUUGUGCUGAGAAGGCUGCAUGGAAUUAUAUGAAUGAAGUGGAAAGCAAGUAUGGAAAAGACUUUUUAGAAUUGGCUGUCAUUAAUCCAUCCACAGUGUUGGGAGAAGCCGUCUAUGAAAAACAAGUGAAUCAGAGUCAUGAAAUUAUUUCACAAAUUGUGAAUGGCAACUUUCCAGUGAUUUUCAAAAUUGGUUUUGUCGUGGUGGAUGUGAAAGACGUGGCACGAGCUCACAUUCUGGCCAUGGAACUGGACAUGAAUAAUUCACAACGAUUUUUACCUUCACGAAGAGAACGCUUCUUUAUUGCAAGUGACACUAUUUUGAUGAAGGAUUUGGUUGAAUAUUUGAGAAGUGAUGACGUCUAUGGAAAUAAUAAGAAAAUGUUAAAGAAUUUGCCAACCACGAAAAUGGAAGGAUGGUUUGGAAAUGUGUUGUGUCGAGUUGCCACGGUGUUUGAACCUCAGGGUGUUCGUCAGUUCUUGGAGAGUAAUUUGGGAAGACCACCAAAAAUUGAUAAUUCCAAGAGUAGAAAUGUACUUGGAGUAAAGUAUGCGGAUUGGAGAGAAUUGGUGAAAGUGACCACUAAAUUCUUGACUCAAGCUGGAGCCAUCAAGUUGCAAUAA